AAUUUCAAUGUAUCAGUGAAGGAGCAUGGUGCCAAGGCUUUAUGGGCUUUAGCAGGAAACACCACAACUCAACAGAAAUACAUCGCAGAGAAAACCAGUAUCCCAGACAUCUGUAGUAUGUUACUGGAGGAUACCGAAAAAUUGCUUCAAGUCGGUUGUAUGAUGUCCAUUGCUUUGGGAAGAGAGAAUAUAGAGAACCAGAUAAAACUAGCUCAGACAGAGGCUUUUAAUCAGUUGGUCCGUCUUCUGCGAACUCAUAAAGACUCCCCGCAGGUCAUACUCAUGGUCAUACAAGUGCUUGGAAUUCUGUGUGUUGGUGUGGCUUAUUGCAACAACAAAGUGACCCAGAGGAAGAUAGCAGAAGAGGGGGCGAUCCCCACCCUAGUGACCUAUCUAAACCAGCCUCCUUCUGAAGAAGUCCAAGUGGAGGUUGCCAUAGCGCUAGGUUGUAUCGUCCUUAGCAACACUCGUAACCAGGAAUUACUGCAGGAGGAGCCAGGGUUUAACUUCGAUGUUCUGCUGGAUUUGUUAAAGUCAAAAAGUGAGGCAAUAAGAUUAAGGGCAGGAAUGGCUCUGACGAUUUUUGCCUUCAACAACACCCCUCAGCAGUAUGCCAUCAGGGAAGCCGGGGGCAUCAAAUACUCGGUGUUUGAGCCUUUCCUUAAUUCCAGUAUAGAGUAUGAUGUCUGCUAUGCAGCUUUUCAGAUUGUGGUGCUAGCGAGAGUAAUAGUGGACCAAGACCAAGUGAACCUAACGGCCCGCGGGGUGACUCUGCUUGUGGAGAAACUCCACUCAAACGAGGACAACGUCAUUGUUCUGGCUGCUAGUCUUCUCUCCAGUCUCGCCCACACACGCGCAGGAAUUCCCGAUGCCAUGGUGACCUCGGGGGCUAUUGAUAUCCUGGUCGAUAAACUCUCCUCCCCCAAUGACCAGGUCAGAAGUGCGUGUGCCGUGGCCCUGGGGUAUUUAACCUUCAACAGGACCGCAGCCAGAAUUCUGUUCAGUAAAUAUUUCAUUUUAUUGUAA